UGUAUUCCAUUCUGCUGCUUAACCAAUGGAUUCGCCCAACACUCACGUCCCAUCCCAGAUCAUGCUCCCACAAAACCCAGAAAAGAAAUUUAUGUUUCAUUCUUUUCCUGAUUGUGUUUUACUUUUUUUUCCUGCAUUUUCUCUUUGCUCCUACACAUGCCCCCUUCAAUCCCACGUCAUAAAACCCCAUCAUAUGCCUAUUUAAGCCUCAACGUCCUCUCCUUCUCCUUCAUUUCAAAAUCCCGUCUUCAUUUAUUUGAAGAAGAAGAGGAAUAGAUCAAAGAGCUCCGUUUGCAUCAAAUUCAGCUUAGAGAUAGAGCGAGGUCGGAGAGCACCACUGUUUCUGAAAAGAAAGAAGGAUGGGCGAGGCUGGAGAGGAGUCGAAGAAGCUGCAAAAGAGCUAUUUCGACGUGGUGGGGUUGUGUUGCUCGUCGGAGAUUCCACUGGUCGAAAACGUUCUCGGACAAUUCGACGGUGUCAAGGACGUUUCGGUUAUCGUGGCUUCAAGAACCGUCAUUGUCGUCCACGACCACCUCCUCGUUUCUCAGACACAAAUCGUGAACGCACUAAAUCAAGCAAGGUUGGAAGCAAAUGUGAAGGUCUAUGGGGAGAUAAACCAUCACAAGAAAUGGCCAAGUCCUUACGCGAUCGCUUCUGGAAUAUUACUUCUGUUAUCUUUCUUCAAAUUCGUCUACCAUCCCUUCCAAUGGCUGGCCCUUGGUGCCGUCGCCGCCGGCAUAUUCCCGGUGAUUUUGAAAGGCUUCGCGGCUCUGCGCAAUUCCCGGAUCGACAUCAACAUCCUUGUUUUGGUCGCAGUGAUUGGGACGAUUGCGAUGCGAGAUUAUUUGGAGGCUGGCACCAUUGUGUUCUUGUUCACCAGUGCUGAAUGGCUCGAGUCCAGGGCAAGCCACAAGGCAAAUGCUGAAAUGUCAGCUUUGAUGAGCAUAGCUCCCCGAACAGCAGAGAUAGCCGAAACAGGAGACGUUGUGAAUGUUGAUGAAAUCAAACUCAACACCGUUGUAGCCGUGAAGGCUGGUGAGGUCAUACCCAUAGAUGGUGUUGUUGUGGACGGCAAAUCUGAAGUGGAUGAGAGAACUUUGACAGGAGAGUCAUUCCCUGUUUCCAAGCAUAAAGACUCUUCUGUUUGGGCUGGAACAAUCAACUUGAAUGGUUACAUCAGCGUGAAAACAACUGCUCUUGCUGAAGACUGUGUAGUGGCCAAAAUGGCAAAGCUUGUUGAGGAGGCUCAGAACAAGAAAUCAAGAACACAGAGAUUCAUUGACAGAUGUGCACAGUUUUACACGCCAGCGGUAUUAGUUAUAUCCAUUGGUUUCGCCGUGAUUCCUGUGGCAUUACAAGUCCAUAACCGAGACCACUGGUUUCAUCUGGCAUUGGUGGUAUUAGUUAGUGCAUGCCCCUGUGCACUAGUCCUCUCCACUCCUGUUGCCACUUUCUGUGCCCUCACAAAGGCAGCGAAAUCCGGUCUUUUGAUCAAAGGGGGUGACUAUCUUGAAAUCCUUGCUAAAAUCAGGAACCUGGCUUUCGACAAAACUGGCACAAUCACGAGAGGUGAAUUCAUGGUGGAGGACUUCGGGCCCCUCGAUGAACGCAUAAGCAUCAAAACUUUGCUUUAUUGGGUAUCAAGCAUUGAGAGCAAGUCAAGCCAUCCAAUGGCUGCUCCUCUGGUAGGGUAUGGGAGGUCAUUUUCCAUAGAGCCGAAGCCCGAAGAUGUGGACAAUUUUCAAAAUUUUCCUGGUGAAGGAGUUUAUGGCAAGAUUGAUGGGAACGAUAUAUUCAUAGGGAACAGGAAGAUUGCCCUAAGAGCUGGUUGCAAAACAGUUCCAAGCAUAGAAGGCCUUACUGGGGAAGGAAAAACUAUGGGGUACGUGUUCUGCGGGGCAGAACCUGUCGGGAUUUUCGCUCUCUCUGAUGCAUGCCGAACCGGAGCUCGGGAAGCUAUAAAGGCGCUCAAGUCAUUGAAGAUUAAAACAGCAAUGCUUACAGGAGAUAGCCAGGCCUCGGCAAUGCAUGCACAGAAUCAGCUAGGUCAUGCUCUGGAUGUAGUCCACGCAGAACUUCUACCCGAAGAUAAAGCAAAAAUCAUCAAACAGCUCAAGGAGGAUGCGCCAACAGCAAUGGUAGGGGAUGGCAUAAAUGACGCCCCUGCAUUGGCUACUGCCGAUAUCGGUAUUUCAAUGGGUGUUUCCGGUUCCGCUCUUGCAACGGAGACGGGGCAUGUGAUUCUCAUGUCCAAUGAUAUCAGAAAAAUACCAAAGGCGAUCAUGCUUGCCAGGAGAGCGCACAGGAAGGUGGUUGAGAAUGUAAUUCUGUCGAUAACCACUAAGGUUGCCAUCCUCGCAUUGGCCUUUGCAGGCCACCCGCUUGUUUGGGCAGCAGUUCUCACCGACACUGGGACAUGCCUGGUGGUGAUCCUAAACAGCAUGCUCUUGUUAAGACAAAGCCAUGAGCACCGGAAAAAGUGUUGUAAAUCUUCUGCAGUGCGAGAAAGAGAAGGACGCAAUGUCCACAAGACGAACACAUCCCAUAGCCACCAUAACUGUUGCUCUUCUAAAGUGGAGACGAAAGUUUAUGAGACUGAACAUGGUUGUGGCAAAGUCUGCGCUUCAAAAUGCCAAUCGAGUCUUUCUAAUUCAGGCUUGUGUGGUAAGGGUGUGGCUAAGAAGCAUUGCAACAACGGGGACAACUGCAGAGGUUCAGCUGCAACACAUCAUCAAGAUCAUGGAAGCAAUACCGGCAAUAACAACAUGUCCCAUGGACAUCACCAUUGCAGCUAUGAAAGCAAACCGUGUGCUUCGCAGCAGAGGUGUGCCGUUAACUGUCAUUCUACCAAUUCAAGUGUUAGUUUGUGUGCAAAUAGAGAGCUUUCCAACUCAACGAACAGACAAGUUCCUGAAGUACGUAACGAUGCACAUGCCGAGCAGUGUGGCCAGAUGUGCAAUGAUCAUAACCAUGGCCGCUCUAAUUCGAUUUCUUCAACUGCUUGCUCUGAUAACAAGUGCACAAAUGAGAUUCAGAAGCAAGGAACUUGUGCAUUUGACGAUCACAAAGACCAGCAUACAGUGGAACACUGUGAUCAUGGAAGCUGUGAGAUGAUUACAGGAAGCGAAUCGCAUGUUAUCACGGUUAAUUGCGAUUCUUCGCAAGAGAAGAUUAAAGAGUGCCAUGGGAUGCAUUGUAGUGGCGAAAAUCAUGACAUCAAGGAAGGCCUAGGCAACCCUAGUGAAGGUAGAUCACACACUCAUGCUUCUUCAGAUAUUCAUCAUCAUCAUCCAAAGAGUGGCUCGAAUUGCUGUCGGCCCCUUUGGCCCGUGAUCGACAUUGAGACAGGGAAAGAUCACGUGGACUCGGGGUCAAUACACACAUGCACUAAUUUGGCAAAGAAAGAGAUUGGUGGGUGUUGUAAGAGCUACAUGAAGGAAUGUUGCGGUAAGCACAGGCAUUUAGGACCUGCACUCGGAGGCUGCUUGUCCGAGAUCGUCGCUGACUACUAGCAGAUCCAAUGUAACACAAAAUUUCUAGUACGCUGAAAGAUUUGCAUGCUCCAAUCUUAACAUUAGACAAAGUUUCUGAUUUCUGGGAAAUGAAAAUUGCACAAUUCACCA